AUGAUGGCAGGAGACCAGUCCCAGUCUGACCUGGACUCUAGACCUGAGGACCAGUCCCAGUCUGACUCUAGACCUGAGGACCAGUCCAGUCUGACCUGGACUCUAGACCUGAGGACCAGUCCCAGUCUGACUCUAGACCUGAGGACCAGUCCCAGUCUGACCUGGACUCUAGACCUGAGGACCAGUCCCAGUCUGACUCUAGACCUGAGGACCAGUCCCAGUCUGACCUGGACUCUAGACCUGAGGACCAGUCCCAGUCUGACUCUAGACCUGAGGACCAGUCCCAGUCUGACCUGGACUCUAGACCUGAGGACCAGUCCCAGUCUGACUCUAGACCUGAGGACCAGUCCCAGUCUGACCUGGACUCUAGACCUGAGGACCAGUCCCAGUCUGACGCUAGACCUGAGGACCAGUCCCAGUCUGACCUGGACUCUAGACCUGAGGACCAGUCCCAGUCUGACGCUAGACCUGAGGACCAGUCCCAGUCUGACGCUAGACCUGAGGACCAGUCCCAGUCUGACUCUAGACCUGAGGACCAGUCCCAGUCGGACUCUAGACCUGAGGACCAGUCCUAGUCUGACUCUAGACCUGAGGACCAUUCCCAGUCUGACCUGGACUCUAGACCUGAGGACCAGUCCCAGUCUGACCAGGACUCUAGACCUGAGGACCAGUUCCAGUCUGACCUGGACUCUAGACCUGAGGACCAGUCCCGGUCUGACCUGGACUCUAGACCUGAGGACCAGUCCCAGUCUGACCAGGACUCUAGACCUGAGGACCAGUCCCAGUCUGACCUGGACUCUAGACCUGAGGACCAGUCCCAGUCUGACUCUAGACCUGAGGACCAGUCCCAGUCUGACUCUAGACCUGAGGACCAGUCCCACCCAGUCUGACUCUAGACCUGAGGACCAGUCCCAGUCUGACCUGGACUCUAGACCUGAGGACCAGGCCCAGUCUGACUCUAGACCUGAGGACCAGUCCCAGUCUGACUCUAGACCUGAGGACCAGUCCCAGUCUGACUCUAGACCUGAGGACCAGUCCCAGUCUGACUCUAGACCUGAGGACCAGCCCAGUCUGACUCUAGACCUGAGGACCAGUCCCAGUCUGACUCUAGACCUGAGGACCAGUCUGACCUGGACUCUAGACCUGAGGACCAGUCCCAGUCUGACCUGGACUCUAGACCUGAGGACCAGGCCCAGUCUGACUCUAGACCUGAGGACCAGUCCCAGUCUGACCUGGACUCUAGACCUGAGGACCAGUCCCAGUCUGACUCUAGACCUGAGGACCAGUCCCAGUCUGACCUGGACUCUAGACCUGAGGACCAGUCCCAGUCUGACUCUAGACCUGACGACCAGUCCCAGUCUGACCUGGACGCUAGACCUGAGGACCAGUCCCAGUCUGACCUGGACUCUAGACCUGAGGACCAGUCCCAGUCUGACCUGGACUCUAGACCUGAGGACCAGUCCCAGUCUGACCUGGACUCUAGACCUGAGGACCAGUCCCAGUCUGACCUGGACUCUAGACCUGAGGACCAGUCCCAGUCUGACUCUAGACCUGAGGACCAGUCCCAGUCUGACUCUAGACCUGAGGACCAGUCCCAGUCUGACUCUAGACCUGAGAACCAGUCCCAGUCUGACUCUAGACCUGAGGACCAGUCCCAGUCUGACUCUAGACCUGAGGACCAGUCCCAGUCUGACUCUAGACCUGAGGACCAGUCCCAGUCUGACUCUAGACCUGAGGACCAGUCCCAGUCUGACUCUAGACCUGAGGACCAGUCCCAGUCUGACGCUAGACCUGAGGACCAGUGCCAGUCUAGACCUGGACUCUAGACCUGAGGACCAGUCCCAGUCUGACCUGGACUCUAGACCUGAGGACCAGUCCCAGUCUGACCUGGACUCUAGACCUGAGGACCAGUCCCAGUCUGACUCUAGACCUGAGGACCAGUCCCAGUCUGACUCUAGACCUGAGGACCAGUCCCAGUCUGACUCUAGACCUGAGGACCAGUCCCAGUCUGACUCUAGACCUGAGAACCAGUCCCAGUCUGACUCUAGACCUGAGGACCAGUCCCAGUCUGACUCUAGACCUGAGGACCAGUCCCAGUCUGACUCUAGACCUGAGGACCAGUCCCAGUCUGACUCUAGACCUGAGGACCAGUCCCAGUCUGACUCUAGACCUGAGGACCAGUCCCAGUCUGACUCUAGACCUGAGGACCAGUCCCAACCUGAGGACCAGUCCCAGUCUGACUCUAGACCUGAGGACCAGUCCCAGUCUGACCUGGACUCUAGACCUGAGGACCAGUCCCAGUCUGACCUGGACUCUAGACCUGAGGACCAGUCCCAGUCUGACUCUAGACCUGAGGACCAGUCCCAGUCUGACCUGGACUCUAGACCUGAGGACCAGUCCCAGUCUGACUCUAGACCUGAGGACCAGUCCCAGUCUGACCUGGACGCUAGACCUGAGGACCAGUCCCAGUCUGACUCUAGACCGAGGACCAGUCCCAGUCUGACCUGGACUCUAGACCUGAGGACCAGUCCCAGUCUGACUCUAGACCUGAGGACCAGUCCCAGUCUGACCUGGACUCUAGACCUGAGGACCAGUCCCAGUCUGACUCUAGACCUGAGUACCAGUCCCAGUCUGACUCUAGACCUGAGGACCAGUCCCAGUCUGACCUGGACUCUAGACCUGAGGACCAGUCCCAGUCUGACUCUAGACCUGAGGACCAGUCCCAGUCUGACUCUAGACCUGAGGACCAGUCCCAGUCUGACUCUAGACCUGAGGACCAGUCCCAGUCUGACCUGGACCUGA